UCCAGACUAACGUUAGCCGACAUUUGUUUUUGAGCGGUGUUGACUGUUCUUCGGAUUCAUGAAGCUAUGGCCUCCCAAUAUUUCCCAGCACGCUCUGUGCUUUUCCAAAAGGAGUCCAGUGGUGUCACGUAUCGUAUACCAGCUUUGAUCUACCUGCCUCGCUGCCGAUGUUUUCUGGCCUUCUGCGAAGAGCGUCUGACUCCUGCAGACAAUCAAGCACAUCUGCUGGCCAUGCGCAAAGGAACCUUACACAAAAGCUACGUGGAGUGGAAGGACAUGCAGGUGUUGAGCACAGCUCGACUGCCUGGCCACCGUUCCAUGAACCCUUGUCCUGUUUAUGAUGACUUUACCGGCACAGUCUUUCUGUUUUUCAUUGCUGUUCUGGGUCACACCUCCGAGUCGUACCAGUUAACAACAGGGAAGAACGUGACCCGUCUUUGCUUUGUGUCCAGCAGUGAUCAGGGAGACACCUGGAGCUCAGUCACAGACCUUACAAAGACGGUCAUAGGGGACACCAUUAAAGAGUGGGCCACCUUUGCUGUGGGUCCAGGUCACGGGACGCAGUUAAAAUCUAGACGUCUUAUAAUCCCUGCCUACGCGUAUCAUAUUGAAUGCAGAAACUGCUUUGGCAAGAGGUGCAAAACCUCGGCACACUCCUUCUGUUUUUACAGCGACACACAUGGAAAGGUUUGGCAUUAUGGGAAGGCAUUGGCGGCUCCUGAGAGCGUGGAAUGUCAAAUGGUGUCUGUAGAUGAAGAAGAUGGAGUCACUGUUCUGUACUGUAAUGCUCGGAGCUCGUCGGGUUGCAGGGUACAGGCAAUUAGCUUUAACCAGGGUACUGUUUUUGGCGAUGGCCAGCUGGUGCAGAAACUAGUGGAGCCCAGGAAUGGAUGUCAGGGCAGCGUGAUCGGGUUUCCAGCUCCCUUUUCUCCACUUAGGCAAUCCCAACAUUUACUAGGACAGCUGACUUCCGCGGGACUCCAGAGGUGGUCUCCAGAAAACUUCCUCGCAGCAACGUGGGUGAUAUAUACACACCCGACUUGGUCACAUGCCCGGCGUGACCUAGGCGUUUACCUCAGCCUUCUGCCGCGGGACCCGGACAGCUGGUUAGGACCCUGGGUCAUAUACGACGGGCCCAGCGCCUACUCAGACCUGGCGUAUGUUGAGCUGACGUCUGCUGAUGGCCCUGCAGUCACAGUCUUUGCUUGCCUUUUUGAGAAUGGCACAAGAACAGCUUACGAAGAGAUCUCCUUCUGCAUGUUCACACUGUAUGAGUUGAUCGACCACCUUCCCCGCAAUGAGCAAAAAACAAGAGGCCUCAUGAAAAGGAAGAGAAUGUGGGAGCACUGCUCCGUCUCCUGACUGUAAGAAAAGAAAUGUUAUUUUCCUGACUAUAGAUUUUCUUUAUUUCUAGACAUCAACAUCCUCUCAUAUGAUAUCAGUAAAGCACUCCUGUUAGGCCAGAUGUUAUUUUGUAACACAACUUUGCUCCAUUAGCUGGUCUUUGAAUUGUUUAUCUCCUGGUGUGUCUUAAUAUUUAAAUUAACAAAGGACAGUCAAAGAUUUUUGCCAGAGUCAUUUCAUUUUAGCCAUGUGAGAGGAGGAGGAAACUGAGUGGUUUUGUCACGUCUUCUGGUCUUUCACACUUCUUUUACACUUUCAAAUCUUUUUGGCUCUGCAUGUAAGUGCUGAUAAACGCUAACCGUUCUGUGCAACCUGUUUGAAAUAUUUGAACAGUUUUAUUGCUGUGAAUAGUAGUUGCAAAGAGAGGUGCAAAAAAACUAAUUCUGCUCUAGUUGCAUUUUGGAUGUGAUAUACGCCAGCUGGUCUGUGCAGCGCUGCAUUAUGUCACAUGCACAUGCAUAAAGAUAACUGCUGGAUUAUAGAGUUUCUCUUUUUGUGAAACAUACAUCCCUAUACAAUUUUGCAUACAGUGUUAUCUUUACUUUACAUUGCAUAUUAUUAUGACAGUUGAGUUUGCUUGAACCACUUAUUUGUCAAGCAUAUAUUUUCAAUAAACCAUGUUCAUUUGACAUUUCCUUCUAUGCAUUAACUCAUGAUAGUG